CGGGAAGAGCGGGGGGUUUUCGGAGGUCGGGGAAUUGUUCUCGGUGUGGAUUUAGCGGUCAUGUUCCCGGAGUCCUCGGUCAUUCAUUGUCCCUAUACAGUACGGUGUAUAGAAUGAUCCCUCAUCGGUAGCGGUUUGUUUGCGGACUUUCCAGACAAGGAAGAUGAGAAAUCGGGGGAAACCUUUGUAGACACAGGCGAGCGUGAAUCAUUUCUGGAAGCCUUGUAGAAGUUCGGCCAUCUUUGGAUCAAUGGUCCCUGGCAAUAUGGUGAAUAAACUUGUAGUGGCGGAGUCCCUUGUGGUCUUUUGCAUUGUCCUCAGUAUUCAUUCUGUAGUGUGGGAUCGCUUUUCCUGGUGUACCCUGGCCUUGGCUGUGCAGGCUUUUUAUGUGCAGCAUAAAUGGGAUCGAUUGCUGCAGUCCGGUGGAGCAGUGUUCCAGUUUCGAUCUUCUGCCAACAGUGGACUCCUCCCAGCCAGUAUGAUCAUCCCUUUGCUGGGCAUUGUGAUGAGGGAGAGGUGCAAGGCUUCGGGCAAUGUUUACUUUGAAAGGUUCAGCGUGGUCAUAACAGCCACCGGCAUGGCCUUGGCCUAUUUCCUGUCCAUAAUUGCACUGGGUAUUACCAAACCUGUGCCGAAAAACACCUGCAUAGUGUCUGGAGCCACCUGUUGUGCGGUGCUGUAUACUAUGAAGAAUUCUCUGGCCGUGUCUGAAAUUAUCGAAGUUCUGGAGGUGCUCCUCAUCUUUGUGUAUCUCAGCAUGAUUAUCCUUUACUUGCUGCCACGUUGCUUCACUCCUGGGGAGGCCCUCAUUGUCCUCGGUGGACUCAGCUUUGUCCUUAACCAGCUUAUCAAGCGCUCCUUGAAUGCCGUGGGUGGAAAGGGAGAUCCCGUUGAUUACCUCCUGCUGGUGACUUUGGUGGCUUUGGUCCUGCUGGGCAUUAUUUUCUCAGCCUUGUUUUUUUUCAUGGACUCCACCACUUGGACCUCCGCUUUAUUUUUCUACAUGAUGACCGCCGUUUUAGGUCUGGGAGUCUUUGUGCCCUGGCUGCAGUACCUCAUCAAGAGACAUCCGCUCUUCUGGCUGGUGGAGUUUCUGGUUCAGAGCAAAACACGACUGUAUCUCCUCCUCUUCUGGACAUGCCUUGUUCUUGUUGCUUGCGGGAUUGUUCUACUUCAAAAUUCAAAGAGGUCCACGGACUCCAAAAAGCCGCAAGUAUCCACCAUAACCCGCAAGUACUUUCACUUUCUUGCAGUGGUUGUCUAUGUUCCUGGAGUCAUGUACGAUCGUUCUUUGCUCUAUGUGGCUGCAGUGGUAUGUUUGGCUGUUUUUGUGCUAUUGGAAUACGUUCGCUUCUUCCACAUCAAGCCACUUGGACAGACCUUACGGACUCUUCUGACGCUGUUCCUGGAUGAGCGGGAUAGCGGUCCACUGAUUCUGUCACACAUUUACCUUCUGUUGGGGAUGUCUCUACCGGUUUGGCUCUUUCCAAGACUCUGCGCAACAUCUCUUUCUGGCCCCUCUACCUUGCUGCCUUAUUGUGGCAUUCUGGCCGUGGGAGUUGGUGACACUAUAGCCUCCGUCUGUGGCAGCUCAAUGGGGGAAAUUAAAUGGCCUGGCACAAAGAAGACAUUUGAGGGGACCAUCAUGUCCAUCUUCGCCCAGAUUAUUGCGGUGGCCCUUAUCCUUAUAUUUGAUAGCAGUGUGAACAUUAACACUGGCUACGUCUGGUUAUUGGGGUCCAUCACAUUGGUGUCACUGCUAGAAGGUUUUACUACCCAAAUAGACAACUUGAUUCUGCCGCUUUACCUGCAUAUCAUGUUUAUGGUCUAAGGAGCUAAGAAGUCUUCUGCCCUCUGAAAAUUUUAAGUAUUAUUCUACCCAAAGCUGAUAUUUCUGGUUCAGGUGUAUUAUGUUCGGCUGAGGCAUGUACUACGGUUUACUUUCUACCUUUUUGAAAGUAAAGAGCUUUUCACCUCCAUGUCCAAGGAGUCUCCCUCUUCCUGACACAAUUUUACAUAAAUGAAAAAACCCAACAGGGAGAGUGAGACCCUGCACUAAUGACCGCUGCACAUGGGUGCAGUCGAGUAUAUAACUCUUGCUAAAUUCAAGAGCUAUAGAACAGUGGUCAUCAACCCUGUCCUGCAGGGCCCACUAACAGGCCAGGUUUUAUGUAUUACC